AUAAUUAAAGAUGUUAAGCACAUAAUUUAAAAAAAAAGUAAGCUCAUUUAUUUUAAAACUGCCUCCAUUCUAGGUGCCGUCAUUGCACGCCCUCUCUACGAAAUUUUGUGAAGUAAUAUGAUAUAAACUGACAUGAGCUUUUUGCUAAGCAUUGUUGUCAUUAGCUUACUAGACACGGGGCGUUUUGUAUAGAGACCGGCGAGUUACAAUCUAGUUGCCUGUCAUUGUAGCUUGUAACCUCUACGUGCGUAUUUACGAUGUGCAUUUUUUGAACUAUCAUAAAAAAGUAUGCCUCCAAAUCGAUUUCGUGUUUGAUACUAUUAUUAAUUUGUUAUAUAAUUACGUUCGAGAAACAAAUCUCGUCAAACGUACAGAAAUAUGACGGGUAGUGUGAGAUGGGCCUUCAAUUUUGCUAAGUGGGAACCAUCGGAAAAAGAACUCUUAUUAGCUACCUCGUGCAUACAACUAGAAGAGAAAAUUCGAAUAGCCAAAUUUGUUUUUCAAAAAGAUUUCAAAGCAGCUUUAGUGGGAAGAUUAUUGACGAGAAAGUUUAUUAAAGAGGCGUCUGGAUUGCCUUACAAUGAAAUAUGUGUGACUAGAGAUGUUAACAAUAAACCUAUUUUUGAGCAUCACAGUGUGCCAAAAUUAAAUUUCAAUGUUUCGCAUCAAGGUUCUUUAACAGUCUUUGCAGGAGAAACUAGAAAAGUUAAUAUAGGUGUUGAUGUAAUGAAAUUAGAGUACACAGGAGGUAAAUCAAUUGACGAAUUUUUCAAGAUUAUGAAUAGACAAUUUACAGAUAAUGAAUGGAAGGUAAUUAAAGGCUGUUCUUCAAGUACUAAUCAAGACAAAAUCUCAAGAUUUUGUAGGCACUGGGCUUUAAAAGAAGCCUACACCAAAGCUUUGGGAAUGGGCCUCACCAUUGACUUAAGGAAAAUUGAUUUUAAAAUUAAAUCAAGUUUAGAAAAGAAUAAAAUUAUUCAAGAUACUGUAGUUUAUGUUAACGAUGAACGACAAAAUUUUUUGUUCGAAGAAUCAUUAGUAGACAAUGAACACGUUGUUACAGUUGCUUUGGAGAAUCAGAGUCCAUAUUCAGAAUCUAAUUUGGAUCUAAUGAAAUUCAAAAUAUUAACACCAGCAGAUCUUUUAAGGGAUGUAAGUCCUCUUUUGCCAGAAGACAUAAAUUAUUGUAAAAACUAUUUUUCCAAAGAUGUACAUCGAUAACAAACAUACCAUUACCAAACUUUUUUAGUUGUAUUUUCUUAACAUAUAUAUUAUUUUGUAAUUUUUUUGAUUAAAUAUGCCUAA